AUGAGCCAUCCACACCCCGGUGUCCCUCCGCCUCCACCUCUUGGAGCAAUGGGACGUGGUGCUCCGGGACCCCAUCCUCAUCCACAAGGAGGAGGUAGACCAGGACCGCAACCUAAUUUUCAAGGACCUCAUCCAAACUUUCAGGGACCUCCCCCAGGUCAUCCAGGUCAUCAAGGUCAUCCAGGACAGGGUGGUCCGCCACCUGGCGGGCGUGGUCAGCCUCUGCCGCAAAUGCAAAUGCAAAUGCCUAUGCGACCACGAUAUGAAUCUUCCCACGUAGUGGAUCUGAAUGCCUCGGAGAAAAGACCACUUGACGAUGCAGCGUACAGAAAGUUGUUGACAACAUACACGGUCUUUUCAAUUAGAAAAGUUGUACCGACGGGAAAAGAGAAAUCCACCUGGGCAAAAGCUGUGGUAACUGAAGAGGCUUUAUCACAAGAAGAUAUCGUUGCACAGUUGAAGAAAUUGAAGGACUCCUCACAAACAAUAACAGAUAAAAAAGGAGCUUUAUAUCCGAAUCAGCAGGGCCAAGUAAACAAACUUCUGGAUCGGUUGAAAACUGAGGAAUCGGAUCAACACUUUGAUUGGUCCCUUGUUCAGCUUGAUAGAAGAGAGAGGUCUUCCAACAAACUCAGACCACAAAACGCUCCGCCCAAUCCGAAUGGGCAACCUCAAGCCCCUAUAGGAAUUAUACAUACGUCUGGCCAAAAGGGUGGAAGCCGUGGUCGAUCAAGAAGCAAAAGCAGACAAAGACCGACGCGCUAUCAGUCAGACUCGAAUUCAGAAUCCGAAUCUGAUAGCGACACGUUCUCAACUGGAGCUUCGACCAUCAGUAGCUCUUUGGUUACUAGCAUUAGUUCUCAUUCUGAUGGGCGCUCAAAGAAGUAUAGUUCGCGCGGUAGACGAGGUCGUAGCCAAAGUAAACGUCGUCCACGGGAGCACCAUAAGAAAUAUUAUGCCCACAGAAGCGAGUCACCUGAGCCAAUAUUUCAAGAAUUUCGAAGGGGCAGUCAUCCAGAAUCUCCUUAUACCGGAGAAGCUGUCCCACUUUCCGCUCCCGAUGCCAUUGCACAAGCAUUUCAACAGGGUAGAGAAGAAGAAAGGGCUGCUGCUCAGUAUUACCUUUCUCAGUCGCAUCGACCAAUCAUUAUUGAUGAGCCAUCGAGAGCUGUGGUACCUGCCGGCCGUCGCGAACUUGAAUAUGAUACCUUAGCGCCGAGAUAUCCUGCGCGUCGACAUGCAGAACUCCCAAUGAUAGAAGCUCCUCGAUAUAGAGAACAUCAAUAUUCAAGGCCCGCACCUCGAUAUCGAGAUGACCUAUACAAUGAAAGACACCUUGAUGACCUAUAUGAGGAUGAUUGUCCACCUGUUAUUAUCCGGAAUGUGAGAUCAGUUCCGCGAGAGGCCGCUUAUAGACGUCGUUUUUCUGACGCUGAGAACUACAUUGAUCGAGAUUCAACCACAACCAGAAUUCCAUUCACAGGUCUUCGCCCUCAAAUCCCUCAAUUUCGCCAUCAUCCCUUCACCCCAAGAAGUCCACCACGACAUCGGUAUAGUUCCAGCUAUAGCAGUGAUAGUGCGCAUGCAUAG